AGGUUGUUAUGGAUCAGAGGCUCCUUUAAGAGCGCUGAGACACGAAGCAGCUGUUCAUACUAGAAAGCGGAGGAGGAGACCAUAGUAUUGAACGCACUGGGAGGAUGACAGCUUUUAGCCGCUGCUGUAACCCUGAACCUCUGACACCCAUAUGAACCGUCAGCGAGAGGACCACUGACCCAGCCCGCAGUGCGCAUCCUCUAUGCUGAGCAAAAAGCGAGGGGCCGUGGGCGGUGUGUGUGUGGAAGAUUCCUAAUGAUUUAUCAAUUUUCAUAGACGCUAUUUUUCUAACACCAUGGUGCUGGGAAAGGUGAAAACUUUAGCGGUCUGCUUCGACUAUCUGAACGACAACAACGUCCCCGUUUACUCCGGAGGGGAUUCGGUAUCCGGGAGGGUGAUAAUCGAAGUCACCGGCGAGGUUCGCGUCAAAACGCUGAACAUAACUGCCAGAGGAGUUGCAAAGGUCCGGUGGACCGAGUCCCGGAACGCCGGGGCCAACACUGCCUACACUCAGAAUUACACCGAGGAGGUGGAAUACUUAAACCAUAGCGACACGUUAAUAGGAGAGGAGAGAGGUAAGGGACAACCACAUCAUAAUUACGCACUCAUUCUCACAGAGAUGUGCUGGCAAAAUUGAAAGAGGGUAUAUGGAAAGGCCUAGUUCCGGUUGGUCCGAAUGAUCUGAUUCCAGCCAUGUUAUGGAGUUCUGUCAUUGCUGGUAAUUAUAGCCUACGCCAUUUGUAGGUUACAUGAAUGAUGAUGGGUUAAAUUUUACAUAAACUGCGUAACACACACAUCACACAUGGGAACAAAUAACAGCUCUUAGUCAGGUGGGAUAGUGGUCCUGAUGCAACAAAGGAUAGUCAUGGUGUAAUGGAUAGGUUUUCCGCAUCCAAUUUAGGCUGUUUAAUAGGCCAGAUCCGUCAUAAAUAUUUGCUCAAUUGAUGUCUUAUUAUGACACAUAUUACAGAUUAUACAGUAAUUGUGUUUUAUUCGAAUUUAAGUUUGUAAAUCCUUCUCUGCGUUUUAUGUGGCGAGUGAAGAAACCUCUAAAUUUGUCCAAAUUUCACACGAGCGAGGGCUAAUCUAACCGAAAGCUGUUAAAGUUCGAAUAUUUUCGAGGUUUAUUAUUGCUUUUGUUGUAUAAUCUUAUCAGGAACAUUGCUUCGCAGAUGACAUCCUGAAGUUUACACCCUUUGUUAGAAGCGGUUCAAACCUGUUCACAAACUGGCUGAGGGAAGGGGGGCGCGUUGGGGGCAUACUUCUUUCGCCUAUGAUUUAGUAUUUAUUUAGCAUCUUUACAGGGAGUAACAACACCAAGAGAUACACUUUUUAUUUUUCCAUUUGAAAGAAAAACUAUCCCAUAGUUAGUAUAUACUACAAUAAAAAAUACACUCUUGACAUAACACAGCAAUACAAACAAGUCCUAGCUCAUAUGUCCUAUGACAGUAAAUGCACCUUUGCAUGGGCGAAUCAGGCUCUUGUUGCCAGGGUAAUGUGAGAGCUCAAGUCAUAUUUUCUCGAGAAUUUUUAUCCAUCACAAUGUGACAUCACCAAGACCUUCAGCAGAAGACUGGUUGCCUUCUCAGCGACUGGCAACGUAACCUACCGGUGCCCUUUAGUUCAGAAUAGCCUUUAUGAAAACAGUGUUAAUCAGUAGGGUAGGGUUCAUUAUUUAGCUGGCUAGUAAAUUAUGUCAUGUAUGUGCUGAUCAUCUGUUUAGCUCAGGAAAGCUACAUGGUGUGCAGGCUUUUUAUUUCCAGCCCAGCACUAACUCACCAGAUUGAACCAACAAUGUUCUAAAUAGUGGACCAUAAGUAGUUGACCCAGGUGUGUUAGUGCUGGGCUGGAACAAAAGCCGGCACGCCCUGUAGCUCUCCAGGACCAGAGCUGCCUGCCGCCUACACUGAUUUGAUCUCCAUUGUUGCUCAAGUAUAGUGUUAAUUAGUUUAUGAUCUGUAAGUAUUUGAUGUUUUCCUUGUUUUGUUGCACUGUAAUAACCCUGAUUGUAUUUGUGUGUUGAUUGAUUGAUUGACUCUGAGGAAUUUGUCAAAUAAAAUAUGUUGUUGGUUUUUAAUAAAGAUGCAUGAAUGUACCUACUCUCGAGUCCCUCUUUAUUUCUCUCAAAUAUUACAGUCUAGCUCUGUCUGUCUGUCUGUCUGUCUGUCUGUGAGAAUAACAUGGCUGUCCUUACUUCUGCAUGGUAUGAGGAUUUUUGGUGAAAACUCUCUCUCCCUCCCUCUCUGUCUCUGAGUAUCGCUCCCUAAAUCAUUCUAUCUAUCUACCUCCCUUUCUCUUUCUCUCUCUCCUACCCUCCCCAUCGCUCUGUCCAUGGCUCUGUUUCUCUCUCUUUCUCUCGAUUCUCCCAUAUUACAGAACACAUGGUCAUUCAUAAAGGGGCUUGGUGGAGGGGCGGGACCAGGUUAGCUUUCCUCCAAUGGGAGGCUAAGUAUGUAUGCAGUGGAGUAUCAGGCCGAAAAUCCGCUGCUCAUUCUGGUUCAUACCGGUCUGCUCCUGCUCUCCUCGCGCUGCCGGUGUGGCUUAACAACACACACACACACACACACACACACACACACAAACAGCCCGCUGGAUGUUUACCACAAAGAGUACACACAGGAGUGUUGAACAUACUGUUCACACACAAACACACACACACACACACACACACACACACACACAUACACACACACACACAGACACCAUGUUCUCGGCUGCAAAAGAGAACAUGCAGGACUGCUGAGGUGGCAGAAAAUAGAUGAUCAGAGAUUCACACAUCAACGAAUACAAUAACAUGUAGAUUAAGGAAGUGAAAGGGGAUACAUGUUUUCUCGGUCUGAGUGUGUCUUCAUGUCUCUGCUCUGCUCUGUCUGAAGUGUUCAUGGAUGAAAUUACAAUAAAUGUUGUAUUUGAUGCGUUUAUGACUUGACAUAAUGGGUAAUAUUCAAAUGAAAUACCAUGACUGGGUUGUAUGUGUUAUAAAGCAUUCAUUAUGUGUGAAUUUGUGGGGUCAUUAGUAAAAAUAAAAUGUGUCAUAGAGCAUUUAUUACUGGGUUUAUUAUCUUGGUGUUGACUUGGAAUGAGGCACUUGAAAGCACCAUCUUGAAAGCACAACGUGAAACAAUGAAAUGAAAUGGUGGGUGCGUGUCUAUGUGUGUGUACAGUGUGUGUAGACUAGUGUGUGUCAGGUAUGGUAUUUGGAAUCUUGUUUUCCUGUGUUUCAGAUGAGGACAGUCCAGAGGAGGCCCUCACUGUUCUCAACACAGGAUUACACGAAUUCGCCUUUAGCUUCCUGCUACCACAGAUGUAUGUAACACACACACACACACACACACACACACACACACACACACACACACACACACACACACACACACACGCACACGCACACACAUACACACAGCUAAUAUCCGAACCCCUAAUAUGGAAUCUUAUCUAAAGAUAGAACUGUAGGAAGUCUAAUCCUAUAGACCUCUCCCCCUCUCUCCCCCACUCCCCCUCUCUCAGGCCCCUGGCCACAUCGUUUGAAGGGAAGCAUGGCAGUGUGAGGUACUGGGUUAGAGCAGAGCUCUACAGACCAUGGCUGCUGCCUUUCAAAGUCAAGAAAGAGUUCACUGUGUUUGAACACAUCGAUAUCAACACACCACUGCUGCUGGUGAGGACUGUGGAGUACACACACAGAUACACACACACACACAAAUACACAAACACACAUGCAUGCACACACAUCUCACAUACACACAUGCUCACAGUUUUUGUGACAUUUCUGUGUAUAGGCCCCUCAAGCUGGCACUAAGGACAAGACCUUGUGUUGCUGGUUCUGUGCCUCGGGACCCAUCUCACUCAGCGCCAAGAUAGAGAGGAAGGGAUACACACCAGGUGAGUAACACACACACACACACACACACACACACACACACACACACACACACACACACACACACACACACACACACACACACACACACACACACACUGCCCCAUCCCCCCUCCCAUCUCACAGCUUUCCUCUCCUAGGUGAGUCCAUCCAGAUCUUUGCAGAGGUGGAGAACUGUUCGUCCAGGGUGGUGGUGCCCAAGGCAGCGCUGAGCCAGACCCAGACCUACUUCGCCAAGGGCAAGGCCCGGCAGCUCCAGCAGCAGAUGGCAGCCCUGCGUGGGGACACCAUACCCCAGGGGAAAAGCCAGAGCUGGGAUGGAAAACUGCUCCACAUACCCCCGGUGUCCCCGUCCAUCCUGGACUGUCCACUCAUCAGAGUGGAGUACUCACUGGUGGUGAGGAAUUAUAAUAUGUUGUAUAGUUUAAAUGGUAAUACAUGUAUUAAUAUGGUAGAAUGUUAAUAAGUGUUGUCAGUCAAAUCGCCUCGCAAAAUCUAACCACUUUAGCAGGUUCUUCACAGUCAUGUACUGUAAAGGUUAUCUUUCUGGUAUAUCAUCAUUUGGGCUUCAAAUAAGACAGUAUCUACCCCUCUCUCUCUCUCCCAGGUGUAUGUGGACAUCCCUGGUGGGUUGAAUCUGUCGCUAUCAUUGCCAUUGGUGAUCGGGACCAUCCCCCUCCACACAUUCACCAAUCGAACCAGCAGCAUCAGCAGCUACUGUAGCACCAUCAGCUGGCCAGAGAGACCUGAGGGUAUGACAUACACCUGUGUGUGUGUACUGUGUGUUUGUGUACUGAUUGUGUGUGUGUGUGUGUGUGUGUGUUCUCCCAAAUUAAUCCCAUGCUGUGUGUGUAUUCACAGCUCCCCCCAGCUACAGUGACCUGUUGGUGACAGAGGAGCAGAGGUGGGGCUGUCUGGAGCGCUGUGAGGGGUCAGAGGUCAACGAAGAGGACCAGGGAACACUGCGCGCUUACAUCACAGAGUUCAGAUACCAGCCCCCGCCGCUCUACUCCGAGGUACACACACACACACACACCACACAUCCACGCUUGCACACACCCCACGCACGCACACACACACUAUUAUAGGUUUAACUAGCCUAAUCUUCUCUCUCUGUGUUCCUCAGGUUGACCCUAACCCAGAGCCGGGCUGUGGAGGUCAGGAGGUCAGGAGACCCGACCUCUGCCCUUCUCGCUGAGCACAACACUGACCUGCUCAGAGCAGAGCAACUACACCUACAGAUGGAUCCAACAUGGCCGCUGCUAUAG